AUGAUUGUUUCCAGAUUAGUGAUAUUUUUUCUGUACAUUAGAGUACGAAAACAUUCAAUUUCAGUCAGUAGUGCUAAGAAAACGCUCGAAAACAUCUCAUUCGAUCAGUGCCGUGGAUUCGAUGAGGACGAAGCAGCGGGGAUCAGUAGAACUGGGCAUGGGGCGAGUGCAUCGAGAAUGCCAGAAUAUGAUCUAGCGCCAGAAUCAAUUAUGAAAAAAUGA